CACCCUUUGUGGCAAUAACUUGAACUACAAUCUUUUUGAGUUGGUGGGGGAGGACUACACUUUUGCAAGCGGAGUCCUCAAUAUCUUGAAGCUGUGCAGUAGGAUGGAGGGGACGCCCCAUAUCCAAAUUCCCAGAGUGGGACUUGGCAGCCAGGGACUGGAGGUUUCUAGAUUGGGCUUUGGAUGCGGGGGACUCUCUGGAAUAUUGAAUGCUCCUCUGUCGCAUGAAGCUGGAUGCUCCGUUCUGAAGGAAGCUUUUUAUAAGGGUAUAACCUUCUUUGAUACAGCAAAUGCUUAUGGACGGAAUCAUGAUAACGAAAUCAUGAUUGGCAAGGCAUUGAAACAACUUCCUCGAGAAAGAAUUCAACUAGCUACAAAAUUCGGAUUUUCAAUUUCAGAGGAAGGUCAAAUGAGUGUCAAGUGUACCCCUGAAUAUGCACGGGAAUGCUGUGAAGCUAGUCUCAAGUAUCUUGAUGUGGACUAUAUCGAUCUCUACUAUCAGCAUCGUGUGGACACCUCAGUGCCAAUAGAGAAUACUAUGGAGGAGCUCAAGAAGCUGGUGGAGGAAGGAAAGAUAAAAUACAUUGGGUUAUCAGAAGCCAGUGCAGACACAAUUAGAAGAGCUCAUGCAGUUCAUCCCAUCACUGCGCUACAGAUGGAGUAUUCGUUGUGGACUCGUGACAUCGAAGACGAGAUAAUUCCACUUUGCAGAGAACUUGGUAUUGGGAUAGUGGCAUAUAGCCCUCUUGGUCACGGGUUCUUCGGUGGAAAAGGAGUCAUCGAAAGCUUUCCUAAUGACAGUUUCCUGGCUGUGCAUCCAAGAUUCAUGGGGGAGAACUUAGAGAAGAACAAACUUCUAUAUGCCCGACUUUCCGGCCUGGCUGCAAAGCAUGCCUGCACUCCGCCUCAGCUAGCUCUGGCUUGGCUUCUCCAUCAGGGAGAUGAUAUAAUCCCAAUCCCUGGGACGACUAAGGUUAAGAAUCUCAAUAGCAACAUUGGUUCCUUAGCAUUGAAGCUUACGCAAGAGGAUUUGAAAGAAAUUUCUGAAGCUGUGCCUGCCAAUGAAGUUGGUGGAGAAAGAGAUCCUGCCAUGUUAGCUAAAUUUGAAUGGAAGAAUGCAAAUACCCCACCAAAGUAAUUAAUCGCAAACCUCUGAAAUGGAACCUUUCUUCUCGAUCUGCAUUUUGUAUUACCUGUGUUGUUUGUAAUUUGGUAGAAACUUUGUAAUAAUCUUAAGCUACAAUUAAGCUUUGGUCGGACCUUGGCCUUUCUUUCUUAAUUUUGUGAGUGAGACUGUUAUUAGAUGGCUUAUGGUUCACGCAUGUGCCAAGAUAGAUAUUUAAUAAAGAAUUGCGAGAACGACUUCAAGCUA